AUGGCAUUCCCGUCCAUCUCAAAUCUGCCCUUAUGGUUCAAAACGCUCUGCCUUCUUUCUAUCGCCCGACAGUCUGAAUGCUCGCCCGUUAGCAUCGUCGGCUACAAUUCUCUCGUCAACGUCAUAGAUACUGCCUCUAUGGUCAACACUAAUGUUACAUCUUCCGCCGAUAAAAGCGCUACAUUCACGUUCAGCUCCACCAAACUGGGAGCACCGAUACCCAACUGCGCCACCCUACCGGACUACGCCGAAUGGUUCCAGCCCAGCGAGAAAUUCGACAGCGGCGACUGUCCCAAAGCCCUCGAGCUCUUCUUCACAGACUAUACUCUAGAUCAUGAUGGCACCAAGUACGAGUUCCUAGCUUCAGGCGUGACUCCUGUUCAUGGAAUAGCCACUCAGAGGGUGCCCCUGAAGGUGGCUUUUGGGACCUGUUACGUCGUCAUCGCCAUGCGCAACAUGUUCGUCGAAGGAGAAUUGCCCGGCGAGACACCGUCCAAGUCUGCAGGCUCAGACAUUAGCUCUUUUGCGGAACUAUACCAGAACGCCCUGGAGAUCUAUGCGGAAUGUAGUCAGCCGGAGGUUAAUCAACCUGGGUGGUAUCCUGCAGGCGACUUGAACAGCAUUGGCGUCUUUAUCUGGCAAGCGGCGAGUGAGAUCAAUAAACGCGUUAAACUUCCUCCGCCCACAAGUUCCGAUCUUACUCCUACGUCUGGGUACGGGUCCAUUGGGGAUUUGUUUGGUGAUACAGCGUAA